AUGGUAUUAGAGGCGAUUCGCGUUUGGUUAAUAAAUACGAUAAAUUGGCUAUUUAAUUCAAAUGCAAGACUCCUACAAGAUUCUUCUCAAUCAAGUGAGCCUAUUGUUUCUCGGCAUGUUCCCGAGGAAAAGCCUGUAUCCUUAUCACGGGUCACCAUGACAGAGAUAGUGUUACCGUCUCAUGCCGACACGCGUGGUUUUGUGUUCGGCGGUGUAGUCCUCGGUUGGAUAGAUGUAGCGGCUGGAACAGCGGCAAAAAAACACGCUGUAACGAGAAGUGUUGACGCGGUGCAUUUCAUGCAUCCGAUUAAAGUUGGAGACUUUCUUGUGAUCCAGGCAUCCGUGAAUAGGGCUUGGAAUACAUCUAUGGAGGUCGGAGUUCGAGUAGAAACAGAAAAUCCAUUGACCGGAAAGAAAAAUUACUGUUGUCAUGGUAAAAGAUUCGAUUAUAGUAUAAUGAUAAUAAAAUUUAUCUCUAACACCGAUUUAUGUGUAGCAUAUUUGACUUUCGUUGCUCUACGGAGUUCACAAGCAGGUCAAACUCGACGACGUUCAAACUCCCCAGUUCGCGUACCUCGUAUUGUUACCACUACCGCCAUCGAAGCACAACGUUUCGAUACGGCUGAACAACGUCGCAUAGCACGUAUCAGUAAAAACAAUUCUAUCGACAAAAAUGAUCAUAAAAAUGACGUAACUAAAAUGGCAGAACUUAUGCGAAAAUGGUCAGAGCGUACAAAUACAGAAACGAUGAGUAGUGCUGAAAUACCACCUCUUUUACCAGAUCCAAACGAGAGUGAUGAUGAUCCGGCCAAACUUUUCCUUCGUCGACGAAAAUCCACGCUGAUUAAAGAUAUUCAACAACCGGAUGAUAAACCAAUUUCUGAUAGCUUUGCCGAAGUGGUGGAAACUGUGCUGCCACAACAUGCAAAUACAUUACAAAUUACUUUUGGUGGUCAAAUUAUGCAGUGGAUGGAGCAAUGUAGUCUUAUCAGUGCUACCAGACAUGCCAGACGUUUUCUUUUGUUGGCUAGUAUCGACUCCCUCCAGUUCCUCAGACCCACUUAUGUCGGAUAUUGUAUCACAGUUCGAUCAAUGGUCUCUUGUACAUUUCACUCGAGUAUGGAGGUUUAUGUCACAGUUGAGGCUGAAAAUCUUAUGACGGGCGAGACAUUUUUCACUAAUGAUGGAUUUUACACGAUGGUCGCAGUCGACGCCACAAAUAUACCAAAACCUGUUCCACAUGCCUUAAUAGACCACGAAGAAAAGCGUGUGAUAUGUGAUGGUGCUGUAACGCGACGAAAGAGAAGGCUGCAACAGCGGCGAGAGUUGGUGCAGAAAGAGAUGUCGUUGAGUCCCGAUGAAUUUCAAAGAAUGAGUGAUAUCUAG